AUCAUAUGACUUGUCGAUCGAUAGAGAAAAAAGGUUGAAUUUUCACCGUCGCUCCGUAUCGAACUGCACGCCCUUCACCACAUAAUUCGCGCAACUUUCGGUCGAGCGAGAGCAGCCCCAUAUAAAGGAAUCCAGAAGUGCAGGAAUCCAGUGCAAUUCGCCACCUCUUCAACUUCCAGCCAGCUCCUCUGCGUUUGUGUGUGCGUGUGUCAUCAAGAUGAACAGCUCGGGCUUUAUGUUUAACAUCGAUAAUGGAUAUCUGGAGGGUCUGUGCCGCGGCUUCAAGUGCGGCAUCCUGAAGCAGGCCGACUAUCUUAACCUGGUGCAGUGCGAGACCUUGGAGGACCUCAAGCUGCAUCUGCAGGGAACGGACUAUGGCAGCUUCCUGGCCAACGAGCCCUCGCCCUUGUCGGUGUCCGUUAUCGACGACAAGUUGCGCGAAAAGCUGGUCAUCGAGUUCCAGCACAUGAGGAACCACGCUGUGGAGCCGCUGUCCAACUUCCUGGACUUCAUUACCUACGGCUAUAUGAUCGACAACAUCAUUCUGCUGAUCACUGGAACGCUGCACCAGCGACCCAUCUCGGAGCUGAUCCCCAAGUGCCAUCCGCUGGGCAGCUUCGAGCAGAUGGAAGCCAUCCAUGUGGCGUCCACUCCCGCUGAGCUCUACAAUGCCGUCCUCGUGGACACGCCUCUGGCGCCCUUCUUCGUCGACUGCAUUUCCGAGCAGGAUCUGGAUGAGAUGAACAUCGAGAUCAUCCGUAACACCCUUUACAAGGCCUAUCUGGAGGCGUUCUACAACUUUUGCAAGAACAUGGGUGGCGCCACCGCCGACGUCAUGUGCGAGAUCCUGGCUUUUGAGGCCGAUCGUCGUGCAAUUAUCAUUACCAUCAACUCCUUCGGCACCGAGCUGUCUAAGGACGACCGUGCCAAGCUGUACCCCAACUGCGGCAAAAUGUACCCCGAUGGUCUAGCCGCUUUGGCGCGGGCUGACGACUACGAGCAGGUGAAGACCGUGGCUGAGUAUUACGCGGAGUACGCCGCCCUGUUUGACGGAUCCGGCAACAAUCCCGGCGACAAGACGCUGGAGGACAAGUUCUUCGAGCACGAGGUGAAGCUGAACGUGUACGCCUUCUUGCAACAGUUCCACUUCGGAGUCUUCUACGCAUACCUCAAGCUGAAGGAGCAGGAGUGCCGUAACAUCGUCUGGAUCGCCGAGUGCGUUGCCCAGAAGCACCGCGCAAAGAUCGACAACUACAUACCCAUUUUCUAAGCGCGCUAGAUGAUCGCUAACCAUUUGGCAUACAAAUAAUAUUACAUGUUUUUUUUUCCUGCCUUUCGAUAUGCGUUUUUUUUUGUUUGUCCCCUACCCUUGUUAUUGAAUUGUUUAAUGUAUAUUAUAUUAUGAUACCGAGUCUGUAUGUUUGUAUGUAGCGAGUAUUAUUGCCGGUCCAGGCAAAUUUUUGUCAAGUGUUCAGACCCAAGCCUAGAUUUCUCAGUUUCCGUGGCUGCUCCUCCCAUUGUUAUCAGCAUUGACCCCAUAGAUAACUAUAUAAUAUGUAUUCGGGAGACCCAUAGUGUCCCUUCAGGGCUUCGUGUUUGUGUACAUAUGUAUAAUUAUCGAACGGAACGAAAACAGUUCAAAUUGAAUGUAGAGAAAAGAAACAUCAGCACCAUAUGUUAACUACUAUAUAGAAAAUGCAUACUUAUACAAGAACUACAUAUGUGAAUGAUAAAUCAAUUAUUAAAACAUGUUUUCAAACAUUCCCUUAAA